CCCGCCCUCCCCGCGCCGAGGCCGCCCGCGGAAUGAGCGUCCCCCGGGCGGCUGCCGCUGCCGCCUCCACUCGGGCUCUGGCGGGCGGGCACAACGCGCGGCUGCCGCCGCGGUCGCUGCAGCGGGAGCGGAGUGAAUGACCAAGAGAAGCGGCGCGGAGAGGCAGCCCCGGGAUCAGGAUGCGGGCGUCCGCUAACAUCCUCAAUCUCCUGCUGCUGUCCUUGCUGGCCGGCCUCGAUCCGUCCAAGACUCAGAUCAGCCCCAAGGAAGGGUGGCAAGUUUAUAGCUCAGCCCAGGAUCCUGAUGGCCGUUGCAUUUGCACUGUUGUUGCACCUGAACAAAACCUGUGUUCAAGAGAUGCCAAAAGCAGGCAACUCAGGCAGCUGCUAGAGAAGGUCCAGAACAUGUCCCAAUCUAUUGAAGUUUUAAAUCUACGGACUCAGAGGGAUUUCCAGUACGUUCUAAAGAUGGAAACCCAGAUGAAAGGGCUGAAGGCCAAGUUCCGGCAAAUUGAAGACGAUCGGAAGACUUUAAUGACAAAGCAUUUCCAAGACUUGAAAGAAAAGAUGGAUGAGCUCCUGCCACUGAUCCCAGUUCUGGAACAAUACAAAACUGAUGCCAAAUUAAUCACCCAGUUCAAGGAGGAAAUUAGGAAUCUGUCUACUGUCCUUACUGGGAUUCAGGAAGAAAUUGGUGCUUUUGACUAUGAGGAACUACACCAGCGUGUACUCAGUUUAGAAACCAGGCUUCGAGACUGCAUGAAAAAGCUCACGUGUGGCAAAUUGAUGAAAAUUACAGGCCCCAUUACAGUCAAGAUAUCCGGAACCCGAUUUGGAGCCUGGAUGACAGAUCCAUUAGCAUCAGAGAAAAACAACCGAGUCUGGUACAUGGAUAGUUACACUAACAAUAAGAUCGUCCGCGAAUACAAAUCGAUUGCAGACUUUGUCAGUGGGGCAGAAUCACGGACAUACAACCUUCCAUUCAAAUGGGCAGGAACCAACCACGUUGUCUACAAUGGCUCCCUCUAUUUCAACAAGUAUCAGAGCAACAUCAUCAUCAAAUACAGCUUUGACAUGGGGCGGGUGCUCGCCCAACGUAGCCUUGAGUAUGCUGGCUUCCACAAUGUCUACCCUUACACCUGGGGUGGCUUCUCUGAUAUUGACCUGAUGGCAGAUGAAAUCGGGCUGUGGGCUGUCUAUGCCACCAACCAGAAUGCAGGCAACAUUGUCAUCAGCCAGCUAAACCAGGAUACGCUGGAGGUGCUGAAGAGCUGGAGCACAGGCUACCCGAAGAGAAGCGCUGGAGAGUCCUUCAUGAUCUGCGGCACCUUGUACGUUACUAACUCUCACUUAACAGGAGCCAAGGUCUACUAUUCUUAUUCCACAAAAACCUCCACUUAUGAGUAUACAGACAUUCCUUUCCAUAACCAGUACUUCCAUAUAUCCAUGCUUGACUACAAUGCAAGAGAUAGAGCUCUCUACGCCUGGAAUAACGGACAUCAAGUCCUGUUUAACGUCACCCUUUUCCAUGUCAUUAAAACUGAAGAUGACACAUAAUUUUCUUCCCCUCCCCUUCCCCUUCUCUCCCUCCCUCUAAGCAGUGUCAUUUGUGAUAAACUCUAAACACAUCCAUCUCAAUCAGUUCCUUUUAAUUUCUUUUUUCAUUAAGGAGAAGCAACAUUUUCUGCCAUAAAAUGCAUUUCUAAUACAGCUGAGCCUGUCAACAAUGACCUGUUGGAAUUAAAAGCAUCUUAACUCAUGAUUCUACAAGGUCUGUCAAGACCUUGUCUUGAAAAGCACUAAAGAGAAUUUAAGUGGCUAAGGACAGUUUUUAAGAGAUUAUGAUCUGCCUUAUUUUAGAGUCAGAGACUAAUGGUGGCUUAAAUGCAUGAAUGUCUUUUUCUUACCUCAUUUUUGGUUUUAAUCUAUUGCUCAAUAUCAGGAAAUACUUUGUUAGUGUCGGACACAUAUUGCACACUGUGUUUUUACUUUGCUUGUUUAUUUAUUCCAAAAGAAAGAGUUAGCAACUUAAUUUACUUGGACAUGGAGUAUGACUCAUUUUGCCAUCACCCAACUUCAGAUGUGGUGCUGUACAGUAUGUUUUUAAACCUCUUGCAGGCAUUUUACCAACAGUAUGUAUUUCUACCAUUGUAACCACCAUUGUGCAAUUGUAUCUCUUCACUGAUGUGAAAGUAAACUAAGUACUAUUUUUUAUAAAACAUAUUGAAGCUUA